CUCCUCCUGCGGUCGACAAACUGAAAAACCCUAGAAGCAGCGUCUCUAUAAGUGUAGGUCGGGGACCGUAACAUUUCUCUCUCACCCCGUCAAAAAUGUCGAAGCGAGGACGUGGAGGUACAUCGGGCAACAAGUUCAGGAUGUCACUGGGUCUGCCGGUGGCAGCCACCGUGAACUGCGCCGACAACACCGGCGCCAAGAACCUUUACAUAAUUUCAGUGAAGGGUAUAAAGGGCCGGCUCAACCGGUUGCCUUCCGCCUGUGUCGGUGACAUGGUGAUGGCUACAGUCAAGAAGGGUAAGCCUGACCUCAGGAAGAAGGUUCUUCCCGCCGUCAUCGUUAGGCAGCGCAAGCCAUGGCGCAGAAAGGACGGUGUCUACAUGUACUUCGAAGAUAAUGCCGGAGUCAUUGUGAACCCCAAGGGAGAAAUGAAAGGUUCCGCCAUCACUGGACCCAUUGGAAAGGAAUGCGCCGAUCUCUGGCCGAGGAUUGCAAGUGCUGCCAAUGCCAUCGUUUAAACUUACUAUCAGAUUUUCCCUUUCUUUUUAUUUGAGACUCGGGAUUUUUGGUUGGAGUUCAAUCUGUAUUUUGAGCAUCAGACCUCUGGUUUUGGUCACUAUCAGAUUUUCUGGGCUUUGGUAGAUUUUCGUUCCUUCA